AUGGACGAGAGCAUUCAGCAAUUUGCAGCGAUCACUGGCGCUUCGGCCGACCGCGCCCGCUUCUUUCUCGAAGCCUCGGGCGGCGACCUGCAGACCGCCAUGUCGAGCUUCUACGAAUCGGAACCUUCACAGUCGGAAGCUGGAGCAGGAGUGGAAGACACCGCAGAAGCGAGCUCUUCUCCUAGCGUUGAGCAAAACUAUACGGGGCCACGUACGCUGUCAGGUCAGCCCGUAGACCCCUCCAGUCUCUCUGGCUUCGGAUCCACCUCCUUGGCAUCGAGCCAAUCUUCUCGUUCGAGGGCCAGUGGCGGUAUCGCGACCUUCCGUGAUUUACAGACUUUGAACAGUAGUCCAGCCAGUGGAAAGAGGGCUUCUAGUGACGAUGGCGACGACGAUGAAGGAGACGAUGAUGAGAUGAAUUACUACGCCGGUGGUGAGAGGAGCGCGCUCAGCGUCGAGAAUCCCGAAGCACGGCGUCGCAGGAAUCAGCCAGGGGGAGAUCUGGUGCAAGAGAUCCUGAAACGUGCUGCCGAAGAGGGCAAGCGCCAUCCCGAGGAACUUGCUGCGGGUAGGGCCAAAGCUUCGGGAAGCAAACCUCCGUCUUCGGCCUCCUUCGCAUUCACGGGCCGCGGCAGGACCAUCAACGACGCUGCAGAAGCCGAAUCAUCGUCCCUUUCGACUCCUUCGAUGCCCGGUGGAUUCGGUAGCAGGUUGGGUGGUGCUGGCGCCAACGAAGCGAACGACGAGGAGGAAGAUGGGGAGGUGGCAAUUCGAAAUCUCACCUUCUGGAAGGAUGGGUUCUCGGUAGAAGACGGUGAGCUGAUGCGCUACGACGAUCCCGCACAUGCUCAGACGCUUGCGGCAAUUAACUCGGGACACGCUCCCUUGGACCUCCUCAACAUCCGUUUUGGCCAGCAAGUGCACGUUCACGUCCACCGACGCACCGACGAAGAGUACAAACCUCCGCCAAUGAAGCCUUUCGCCGGCUCGGGCAAUCGACUCGGGUCGCCCGCUCCUGCUUCAUUCGCUUCGUCAUCCGCUUCGUCAUCCAGGUCGCAGCCUACCGCUGCUGCGGCUUCAUCCUCGGCAAGUGCCGCCACGGCUUCCACGGGCGAUUUCAAGGUGGACACCGACAAGCCGACCACGCAGCUACAGGUGCGAUUGGGCGAUGGUCAGAGGAUGACCGCUCGUUUCAACACGCAGCACACAAUCGCUGACUUGAGAAGCUACAUCAAUGCUGCGAACCCGGGAAUGUCGACUCGAAGCUAUGUGCUCAACUCAUCUUUCCCGCCCAAGCCGCUCACUGACGAGUCGCAGACUCUCGAACAGGCUGGUCUCCUCAACGCUGUUGUCAUCCAAAAGUUUCAAUGA